AUGAUUUGGAACCUUUCUGAAAAAUUUACGAAGACUUGUUCAUCUCUGAUUAGAGUUGCAACACUCAACGAUCCCAAAACAAUAGUUCGUAAAAAUGAUGAUGGUACUUUAGCCUUUUUAAAAUUACAAGGAAAGUUUCUGGAAGUAAUUUUACAAGGACUAAAUACUCAGUUCAAACUAGUCAUGGCUGAAGACCAAGCAUGGGGUCAGCUCUUACCAGAUGGUAACUGGACAGGUAUGAUUGGAAAGAUACAAAAAGAUCUUGCUGACAUAGCUAUUCAUUUUAUGACAGUUACGGAAAAAAGAUUAAGUGUAGUUGAUUAUAGUCCAACAUAUGCAACAGAAAGUUUGACAUUUGCGUUGGGAAAACAGGGUUUUAGGCCUAAAUCGCUGGCUUUCUUUAAGACAUUUGAUUCUACUAUCUGGAUCUCAACAUUCUUGAUUCUGAUUUUAAUGCCAUUAACAUUUACAGUUUUGCUUCGAGUAAAAGGUGGUUAUGCAAGAUUCUUGUUUAUAUUGGCAAAGUAUAUAUUACAGCAGUCAGUGAAUCAUAAACAAGACCGAUUCGAAUACCGGAUUCUUUUGACUUCGUGGAUUUUUUUUACCACAAUCCUAUCUUUCAGCUAUUCGGCUGUCUUUCUCUCACUAUUGACCUUACCUGGGGAAAUGAAAGGCAUCCAGAAUUUUCAGGAACUUUCAGAAGCAGUUGCAAAGAAAGGUUACAAAUGCUACAUACCAAGAGGAUCAUCAAGUAUAGAUUUCCUACUCUAUUCAGAAAAGGAUUAUUUGCGUGAACUUGGACAAAAUAUAGUUCGCAACGGCUGGUACAUAAGCCCUGUACCUUUGCCUAUUAACACUCAAAUGAACAAACACUCAGCAAUGAUCGGUGGCAGAGCAUGGCUAGAUGUAGCAGCAGGGCCUGAGGAAUGGAAACAUUAUUAUAUCUCUGAUGAUUAUCUUUUGUCUUUUCAGAUGGCAGUGGCAAUGAAGAAAGGUUUCUGUCAUAAAAGAAAGUUAAUAAACGUAAUACAAGGAAUAAACAAUGGAGGAUUGUAUGAAAAGAUCAGAGAUCGAGAAAACUUCAAAUUGUGGAUCUCUGCUCCAGAGAGGAGACGGAUUGUGCCAAGACAAAUAGGAAGUCUCUCACUGAGUGAUCUAAGUGGUGCAUUUUUUCUGCUUUCGUUUGGUUUGGUGCUUUCUACUAUUUGCUUUUUAGUUGAACUGCUUCUUAAGAGAAAAGCCUGA